GCUGUCGUAGGAGUUGGUCGUGGCGAGCGUUUACCAUGCGAAAUAAAUCGCUUUUUUAGCAUAAUAUUCAGCAUAUGUGCGUGAAUGCACAUAUAUACAAGGUAAUCAAGAGGAUUGUGCUAGUAGCGCGGUGCACACUGCACAGUGGUUCGGUGUACAUCAGGGGGUGUAGUGUACCGUUGGGGUCGUUGGAGUGCUCAGGGUGUACUUACCUACGCGAUCUGCACAAUCUGCUUGGAUCGUACUGCGCCACUCACAAACUAAUGAGUCGAGAAAUCGAACGCGCCUUGUGUUUAUCGGCGCUACCAACAGCUGUUUCUCUACGGAGGAAGCGAUGAUUGACAGUUAGCGAGUCUACAAUGAAGGGGAUGACAUUUUCCCUUCUUUCCGGUCUUCUUGCCGCACUCGCUUCACUAUGCGGCAAGUUUUCCAUGGCGGGGGGAGAAACCGCCUACCUUUGCGAGAUCGUCUCUUCACACUGGCUUUCCAAGAUCUCCUCUCAUUAUUUCUGCGAAAAUGUCAUCACUGGGAUUCGAGUGAUUUUCUUUGCCCUGAUGAUCGCAUGCAACGCUGUUAUGUGGACGAUCUUCACCAAGGCUCUACGUCUUUGCACAACAACUCUCGAAGCCACCGUCAUUAACACGGCCUCCAACUUCUUUUUCACGGCCAUCUUUGGCCAGACCUUAUUCGGGGAGCAGCUGACCUUUCUCUGGUGGCUGGGGACCCUGUUCAUCCUCUUGGGACUACUCCUCAUGCACCGCGGCAGCCUCGAAGAGAAGAGGAACUUGGCUGGUCCUCAGCACAGCCGCUCACCACCCAAGCGCUACAAGUGCUCCUAAGUGUACCUUUCUGCACGCUCUCUCCAUUUCCUGAUUACUCUGGCUACUUUUAAUUCCGAGAUCGGCUAUUUAUGGAAAGAACUCAAUCUACGGCCUCCAAGCAUUCUAGAAAUACAAGGAAAAAAAGAGAAGAAGAUUAGAAUGAUACGCGUUCGGUUUCCGUAUUAGAAACAAGAUCAAACAUCGUGACACGCCUGUUUUUUGUCUUUUUUUUUGUGUGUGAUUUGGCGUUGAAACGAGAGGACGUCGUCGAAAUGCGACAGCGGCCGGUCGCGGGCAUCACUUCCCGUGUAGCAAGGGCAAAGGGACUGACCACUGGGCGGACUGAUUUUCGAAUGGAUGUGAUUUACGCGCGGGCGGCGAUCACUCGCGAUUGGCUGUCGCACGUCCGACGGCGCCCUCUGUUUUCUUCGCCCAGCCGUCGAGAUUCAUGAUCCCGUUUUACAUCGGUAGCUAAUAAUACUCCUUCCCGGCCAAAAAAAAAAAAAGUUUUGUGCGAUUGCAAAGUUUUACUUUACAGCAGAGGCACUGCUCUCUCUCCCCCCAUCGUUCUUCACACACGGCGAGGCGCUCCUCUCGCUCCCCCUUCCUCCCCUUAGUAAGCCGCCGCUGUUCUUUCUGCGGCGACGCUCUCCCUUCCCUCCUCUGGUAGCCCCUGUUGCGAAAUACCCACGUGGUCGCGCAGUGCGGCGGUGCGGACACGCUCCCUCGCCACCCCACUGCCGCCGCCCAAGUUCCGUUCCCAAGUCACUCUCCGCGCCUCUACAGGACAACUCGCGUACACGUACUUUUGCUUCUUCCACCACAGGCGCGGUCACGGGCGCCCCCGUUCCAAAAAAAACGUUCCAGCAAAAAAACAAAAACAAAAAUACACGUUUUUUUUUUUUAACAGAUGCAACAUUUUGCACAAUUGUUCUAUUAAAGCACGCACCUCCUCACACACGUCUCUGACAUCAAUUCCACUGAAAGCAAAGAACCCGCUGAAAACUGUACAGCACACUGGCCUUCAACAUGCCUUUCCACAGUACGUAGCAGCUACCGCUGUCAAUCGCAGCACACUUUGUCUGGUCGUUUGCAUUUUUAAUCGGGAAAUCGGACGCAUGCCUAUCUAAAUUUGGGUUUCCUAGAACACUUGGAAGGCCGCAGAUUGAGUUAUGACCAUAAAUAGACGAUCUAAGAAACCACUUCAGUGCCCGUUUAACUGGAUUUCCCUGCUUCACGGAUCUUUAUCUCUCCUCCUCCUCCCCCCCCCCCUCCCCCCCCCCCCCCCCCCCCCCCCACCCCCCCCCCCCCCCGCCCUCAACUUUAUAAACCCUGCUUCCAUAAAAAGGUAAAAGGCACAUACAUUUUCGAUGACAAUGUCUUGUAUAUAAGCGACGUGAGCAUGCGAAUGAUUCGUGAGUCUUUAUAAGGCUUUGGGCAUGUAGGUCAGUAAGUAGAUUUUUAGUUUUUUUAAUGGCCGGUGUGUGCACCUCACGUGUCACAUAUGGAUGUCGAACGGACGCUUCAGGGUUGCGCCAGACGAUCGAGCAGUCAGUGUAGCAACCCCCAGGUAGAUUAGGAGUAAAUGGUAUCUUGAGCGGCUCAGCUGACGGGUGGCGUAAAGAGCAUCAACUGUGCUUAAGCCAAUCUUUAUGUCACAACUUCCUGGGCUUUUGUGUUUGCCACCAGGUUGCAAGAAAGUUGAUGGCGUGUUUCGUUUUCGCUUGGGUUAACAUACUUCUUUCUGUCAUAAAGCUGGUCACUAUAGCUUCUACGCGAACGGAGCUUGACCUCUGAAAGUUAAUUAUGCCUGGUGUGUUUGUUCUUAGGUUUGUGUGCUCUGAUUUGAAACUUUGGCCACGUCAUUUUCAUACUGGUUGUAAUUCUGAACUACUGUGAGUGCAGAUAUGGCUGACCAUUAUUUGUGUGUAGCAGAUCAAAUGCUUGAGGGUCGUUGAUCGUGUUGCAUGUUUGGGACCUAUCAUUGAACGGAAAAAGUCAGAUUAAGCUGCGAUUUCUCAAUGCGGUAAUGGCUUUAGUUUCAGUGGUUGUAGUGCUGAAAAUAUCUGUAUAAUAAUAUCUAGUGUGUUUCACCCUAUUGUAUUCGUAUCAAAGUGUGCUAUGGAGUCACAGUUUUAUGGCGUUUGACGUUCAAUGUGCGUUGUGUUUGUUGUCAGCAUUUGUCAUUACACUUGCCUCGUGCACGAGGAGUUGUCUGUUUGUGCAUUAAAAUGUUCUGGUAUGGCCUGUGAUGAAAGUCAUUACGAGAGGAUGUUAGGCUCUGUGCUUAGCAGGUGAAACAAAUACAAAAAGAGAAAUAAGAUGCUUAGGAAUGGUAGUGAUUCGCGAGGAAAGUAAAACAUAACAUUUGUUUGUUGACCAGUGAUUGGGCAUUUCCACUGUAACUCUACAAUCGAGUUUGAAAAUAACCUGUUGCAGAAGUGACCACGCCAAAGCCAUAUAGUGUUUGUCUUUCACGGUAUACUUCUUGAGUCUGCCCCAUUCUUGUACAAUGGCAACCGCUUGCGCUCCUGUCGCUUGUAGUCACAGCUGCCAGUGGCGUUUACACUGUUCUUGUUCCCUAAAUUAUACACUCCAGAUACAUUCCAUUCCACUGUUGAGAUAACUAGAAAUAUGCACUGAUAACCAAAGAGAUGACCCACAUUAGCCGGAGGGCAAGUCACACGGAACUGAAGGGUGGUGAACUCUUUCAUUGUACGGGCGCAAAAUUCUUUGGAGUUGCCUUUCGCGACUGUUGCGCACUCCAAGUCCAAUCGCCGUCGACUUCUUUCACUUGGUCGGGAAGCACUUAUGUAUCGGGUGCUCCCCGAAGCACCGAGUGUGACUGGUGUGAGGAAAUGCACUCUUUCAAUUGGGAUGUAAUAACCUAGCUACACGGGCACCAUUAACCGCAGUUCAGUCACCUUUAACAGAAGUCACACUUAGCCAGAGUUACCACACUGUACUCUCGGACAGCUAUCUUAAAAGUGAAGAGGGCGCGUGCACAGCUUUGAUGGGCACUCAAGAUGCGGAAGUGCGCGCGCCCAUUCCUUUAACUGCAUCGUCACAGAAAGUUUGCCAAGAGUAUAGCGUGGUAACUGUGGUUAUGUUUAACUGCAGUCGGGCUUGCCCGUAGUUCGGUAUUAUACGUUGUCUAAUCAUCACUUCUGUAAUUGAUAAGUCCCGAAGCUGCCGUGAGAAAUGGACUCAUGACUGCCAAGAGAGAGCCAUCCUUGCUUAGCUAUAGACCGUUUUCGUGUGACGGUUGCCAUGUUGAAAUAUGGCGCAGUUGAGUUGGGCGUCAAAAACUAAGGUAAAGGGUUUAAACUUAACUACAAUAAAAAAAAUAUAACGAAGAAAAAAAUUGGCUGCAUAUUUGCUUAUUCUGCCAAUCGCAUGUGCGGUAGCUUUAUAGCGUGGGUGGUGUCUAGGGCAGGAUGCCCUUUAAUCUUUCAGUGCCCGGAAUGUGUGGUGCUCUUAGUUCAGGUGGUGCCUAGGGUAAGGUUUUGUAUGGAAACAGAUUAUGUCACACCAUUGUCUCUUUGUGACGCUGGGCGCGCUUCCCUUCAGCAUUACCCGCGGAGACACAACCUUUGCGAUGAAUUUUCUGGGUCAACAAGAGGGGAAGCGCGUUUUCAUGCCCUUUCACUCCUCAGUCCGCGCGCUCUUUCUACGCCACCUGUACGUUUCUGCUUCUCUUUCCCUUUCCACUCCUCUCUGCUCCUCGCGCUUUCUCACACCACCUGCUUCUGCUCCUCCCGUUCCUGCAUGCUGGGUCCGUAACUCAGUCAGCAGCGCACUCAGCUUCAACGCCGGUGUCCGAGGUUCUAUCCCUGGCACCGGUUUCCUUUUUUGUUUUUAAGAUUGUUUAGCGGUUACGGACUGACCGACCUACACUCUUCGUGCUUACGCGGCUGGUUGGUUGGUUUGCCCUAUGAAGCUAACGCUUUAAAAGUAGAACUAUUGGCACGAACCCCUUGAACUCUAUCGCAUUCCAAUCGGCAAAUAAAGUCAUUUGCUAUUUUGCCCUAACUCAGCUACGUCAAAAUUCAACGUAACGGCGCCACAAAAAAAAAAAAAAAAAAAAAAAAAAAAAAACUUUACUUUUUUUUUAAAUUUGAGGCGAGGAAGGGCCAUUCCUAGGUGAGCCAAAGUGCCACGUUGUAUGUUUAUCAGUGUGAUUGUUGCCUUUCUCCCAAUUACAUCUCGUCGCUUUCAAAUAUGUAUGCUGAUUUGAUACUGUCACGAUGUACUGAAAUGCGCUUUUGAACGUUCUUUAUGCAAUAAACGAUGCUGGUGUAGGAA